AUUUGGCAUGUCAGUAGGAAUGAAGAAGAGAAUAUUUUUUUUUUUGACAAAAGUAUGUCUUUGAAACAGAUUCAUUGAACGCAACAAAAUUCAACAUUUUAAAUUGUAUAUACAGUUGAAUACGUUCAAAGCCAGACCCAAAUCACCCGCAAAUCAUGAACGUGAGAAGCUUCAGUAUGCUGAAACUGCUAAAAAACUCCUGGCGCACAUUUCCCCGGCGCUUCGCCACAAAAGUAACAACAGUCGGUGGUGAUGAAAUUGGCAGCGGUACUGGCAUUGGUCAAAUCACUGGACGCGUCCGCAGCGAUGAGGGUGGACCACACAAGGUGAACACGCCGUCUAAAGAGAUUGUUACGCAUCUGCCGCCGCUAACUGAACCACUGCCAAACAUGCCGGAGGCCGUCUAUGCUAAAUCAUUAGCGGAGAGUGCGACCACAAAGGUCACCACACUGGCAAAUGGGCUGCGUAUCGCAUCUGAGCCGCGCUACGGCCAAUUUUGCACUGUGGGUCUGGUGCUGGACUCUGGGCCACGUUAUGAAGUUGCAUAUCCCAGUGGCGUAUCACAUUUCCUUGAGAAGCUUGCGUUCAAUUCCACAGUUAAUUUUCCUAACAAGGACGCCAUACUCAAGGAGUUGGAGAAGAACGGUGGCAUCUGCGAUUGUCAAAGCUCUCGUGACACUCUAAUAUAUGCGGCCAGCAUUGACAGCCGUGCCCUUGAGUCGGUGACCCGUUUACUGGGCGAUGUUACGCUGCGACCCACGCUCAACGAACAGGAGGUGAACUUGGCGCGUCGCGCUGUCAGCUUCGAAUUGGAAACACUUGGCAUGAGACCCGAACAGGAACCAAUACUCAUGGACAUGAUACACGCAGCGGCAUACAGAGACAAUACGCUUGGUUUACCAAAGCUCUGCCCGCCCCAGAAUCUGGACAGCAUCGAUCGCAAUGUGUUGAUGAACUAUUUAAAGUAUCAUCACUCACCAAGCCGGAUGGUCAUCGCUGGCGUGGGCGUGGAUCAUGAUGAGCUCGUUGAGCACGUGGAAAAGUACUUUGUCGAAAAUGAGGCAAUCUGGAUGAAGGAAACGUUACCAAGUGAGGCUCCCAAGCAAGUCGACACUUCGGUCGCGCAAUACACAGGCGGCUUGGUUAAGGAACAUUGUGAAAUUCCCAUUUAUGCGGCCGCAGGGCUGCCCGAGCUGGCGCACGUUGUACUCGGCUUUGAGGGCUGCUCCCACCAGGAUCCGGACUUUGUGCCCCUGUGCGUGCUCAACAUUAUGAUGGGUGGCGGUGGCUCAUUCUCCGCCGGUGGUCCCGGCAAGGGCAUGUACUCUCGUCUCUAUACCAAAGUGCUGAAUCGCUAUCAUUGGAUGUACAGCGCCACGGCGUACAAUCAUGCCUACGUGGACACUGGCCUCUUCUGCAUACACGGCAGUGCCCCACCACAGCAUAUGCGAGACAUGGUCGAGGUGCUGACGCGCGAACUGAUGAACAUGGCCUUCGAGCCGGGCACUGAGGAGCUGAUGCGCUCCAAAAUCCAACUGCAAUCGAUGCUCUUGAUGAACUUGGAAUCACGACCAGUUGUGUUCGAGGAUGUGGGUCGCCAGGUGCUGGUCACGGGUAAUCGCAAGCGCCCCGAGCAUUUCAUUAGGGAAAUUGAAAAAGUAACAGCCGCCGACAUUCAGCGCGUGGCACAAAGACUGCUCAGCUCAGUGCCGUCGGUGGCUGCGCGUGGCGACAUUCAGAAUCUGCCCGAGAUGGCACACAUAACCAGCGCAUUCAAUGGAACUGGACGCUCGCUUGGACGCCGUCUGUCGCUCUUUAAGUAAAGAAACCCUUUCCAAAUUUAUACGUUGUUGAAUUCGUAUUGCAUUUUGUACCACGGCCACUCAAAUUGAUUUGAGUUUGUUAAAAAUUUUAAAUUCAUUACAUAAAUCUUGAUCUUUUCACUGUUA